AUGCUUUGUUACGUUAAGGAAUACGACAUGGUGCGACUUACAGUUGAGCUGAUUGACAACGCUCCACAGUUUAUCAAUACAGUCCGAGAGCGAGAAUUGAAUUUACGUGGAUACAAAAUCCCCGUGAUAGAAAACAUGGGUGUUACAAGGGAUCAGUUUGACGUGAUUGACCUGACCGAUAAUGACGUCAAGAGACUGGACAAUCUUCCACUUUUGAAACGAUUACAUACUCUCUAUCUACACAACAACAGAGUACAGUAA